AUGUCUGCUGUCGAAGGCCAUAUGCAGCCCUUCAUGUCUCAGCCUCCUCCGAUGGUGCCGCCCCCGCGACCCAGCGCCCUCGUCACCAGCGGCCCGGCCAUCUACGGCAACGGUCCCAUGAGUGGUCCCAUGAGUGCUCCCAUGAGCCCCAUCAGCGCUGUCCCCCAGUACAUGUCGCAUUCUGCCCCCUCCUCGCCCAUCCCGGUGCCCAUGGGCGUCCAGUCCCCCUUCUCUCCCCACCGUAUGCCACCCAGCACCCCCACCUCGGGCGUUCCUCCGCCGUCGCCGCACACCCCGCAGCCCUUCUCGGUCUCUCCCAUGCAGUCGACGGGCUCGCGGCGUCGUCGAGGCGAGCAUCUCAGCUAUCCCGAUCUGAGUGGCGGUCCGUUCUUCAAGGUCACCAAGCAGUUCCACAUGCUCUACAGCAUGGACCGCGGCCGGAUGUUCCCUGUGCGUAUCAUCCCCAAGGUUGACCGCGGCUUCUUCCUCGCCGACAACGACUGGACCUGCUAUCGCCGCAACUACUUCCAGGUCUCGUGCGCCUUUUCCACCAUCGACAACCCCAGCCAGCAGGAGGCGGAUCUGCCCUGUAUCAUCGACAUUGAUGGAAACCAAUCCAACGUCACUGGGUUCCUGAUCGGCAUCAACGCCCGCGUUGCCAACGGCGAGAAGCGCAUCGAUCUGGUUCAGCACACCCCCAAGCGCGACAAGGGUCCCCAGACGAUCCCCCAGCUCAAGGCCAUCAAGGCUGGCGGCAACCCCAACCAGUACAACGGCAUCGCCGCCAACCAGCUCGUGGUCACUUUUGAGCGUCUGCAGUUCAAGACCGCCACCGCCAACAACGGCAAGCGCCGGGCCGCCCAGCAGUACUAUGUCAUGAUCCUGGAGCUCUGGGCUCAGUGCGAGGACGGAUCCCAGGUCAAGGUUGCCGCCGUCGAGUCGGCUCCGCUGGUUGUUCGCGGCCGCUCGCCGGGACAUUACGCCGACGGCCAGGUUACCCCCGAACGCGCUCCCAGCUCGGGCUUCACCCUCGAUCCCUACCACCCCCGCACGCCGCUGGCCUCGUACCCGAUGGCCCCGCCUGGCGCCAUGCUGUCGUAUGGCUCGGCUCCCACCCCCAUGAUGCCCAACCCCUCGUACGCCCCGGCCGCCGAGUCGUAUGUGCCCCCGCCCCAUCUUGGCCAGGGCAUGCCUCCUGGCAUGGGUGGCCACAUGCCUCCCGUUGGCUGGGGCCGCGGCCGCCACCCUGCCAUGGGCGAGCACGGCCCGGAGCACGGCCCGGAGCACUACCCUCCCGAGCAGGGCCACCCUCAGGUCCAGUCGCACUAUCCCUCGGACCAGCACGACCCCUACGGACAGGAGCACCCCCAGGCCCCGCAGUUUGGCCAGCCUCCCGAGAACGGACACGGCGGGCCCCAGCACUACGCCCCCGCCGACAUGCAGCACCAUCCGCACCACCCGUCGCAGCCCAUGCACCACCAGCCGCCCCCGGGCUACCACGGCAACCCCGGAUACGACCCCAGUCUCGACUACAGCGAGUAUCGCCAGGGCGACGAUGCCGAGAACAUGAAGCUCAUGUCGCAGGCGCCCCACCACCAUCAGGAAAUGCCUACGCCUCAGCACUCGCCGCUGAGGCCCUCGAACCAGCUGCCUCACGCCAUGGAUGCGGGCGAGCACGACCCGCAGCAGCAGCAGCAGCAACAACAACAACAGCAGCAACAGCAGCAGCAUCCCCAUGCUCAGAUGCCGCACCACUACCAGCCGAUGCACCCACAUCCGCUGCAGCAGUCCAUGCAUCACCACCCGAUGCAGCACCCGUCGCAUCCGAUGCAGCCACAGGGCCAGCCCCUGCCACCGCAUCCGCAUGCACAAAUGGCCUCACAUCACAUCGCCCCUCAAGCCAUGCACGAGAUGGUCUCGUACAAGACUGAGUGA